AUGGAUGCGUUCAGCCCUAUCCUGACUCCCGUCGGGCUCGCCGCCUUUCUCUUUUUCCUUCUCCGGCUGUCCCUCUCCCACCUAAAUACUACCCAAACUACGAAACAACCGCGUCCACUGCCCCCGGGCCCGGUUGCGCUCCCGGUCCUCGGAAACGUGCAUCAACUUCCACAAAUGUACCAGGAGCAAACGUUCGCGGAAUGGGGCAAGCAAUACGGGGAAGUUGUCUACGCCAAAAUCUUCCAACGCCCGGUCCUCAUCCUCAACACCCUCCGUGCGGCGCAGGAGCUCCUUGAGAAGAAGAGCUCCAACUUCUCGGACCGUCCCCGGCUCAUCCUCCUCGCCGAACUAAUGGGCUGGGACAACGUCGUCACCCAUUUGAAGAUGGGCGAGCGCCACAAGCGCCACCGCAAGUGGAUGCACGACAACUUUCAGACGAAGUCCGCCCUCGACGGCUACCGCACCGUGCAGCUCCGCGAGACCUACACUUUUCUCGCCGGACUGCUCGACACCCCCGCCGACUUUCUCUCGCACAUCAACAGGUGGUCGACGGGGAUCAUCAUGGACAUCACGUACGGGCACCAGAUCGCGUCGCUCGAGGACCCGUACUCGCGCCUCGCGCACCAGACGACGACGGAGACGGUCCGCGGCGGGAGCCCGGGAUCAAUGCUCGUCGACUUCUUCCCCCUCCUCAAGGAGCUGCCCGCGUGGGGUCCCGGGGCGGGCUUCAAACGCAACGCGUUCCGGAUCCGCGCGCUCGUUGAGGAGCUGAUGAACGCGCCGUACGAACUCGUCAGGAGCCAGAUUGCUGCCGGCACCGCGCGCCCUUCAUUCACCGCGAGCCUUCUCGAGGAGACCUUCGCUCGUGGAGGCCCGACCGCGGAGGAGGCGGACGACAUCAAGGGUGCCGCGGGCGCGAUCUUCGCCGCCGGCUCGGAGACGACGGUGACGGUGCUCUCGAACGUGCUGCUCGCGCUCGUGAUGCACCCCGAGGCGUUCGCGCGCGCGCAGGCGGAGAUGGACCGCGUCGUGGGCCGCGCGCGCGUCCCCGACCUAGACGACCGCGGGAGCCUGCCGUACCUCGACGCGGUGCUCGCCGAGGUGCUCCGGUGGCGGUGUCCUGUCCCCCUCGCGAUCCCGCACAACACGCGCACCGAAGACAGCUGGAACGGCUUCCGCAUCCCCGGCGACACCAUGGUCGUCCCCAACUGCUGGAACAUGACCCAAGACCCCGCCGCGUACCCCGCCCCGCACGCCUUCCGCCCCGAGCGUUGGCUCGAGAUGGACCCCGCGACGGCGGACGCGCGCCACCCGCGCCGGAUCGUCUUCGGCUUCGGGCGCCGGCUGUGCCCCGGGCGCGAGUUCGCGGAGGCGAACGUCUGGCUCGCCGCCGCGGGGCUCGUCGCGCUCUUCGACGUGCGCGCCCCAGCGGGGGUCGACGUCGCGGGCGAGUACCACUCCGGGUUCGUCAGCCAGCCGAAGCCGUUCGCGUGCGAGAUCCGGCCGCGGGGGGCGGACUGUGCGGACUUGAUCGAGAAGGCGCGGACGGCGCUCGCGGUGUGA